AUGGAGUCUGAGAGAAAAAUUAAAAAUCUCAUUUUCGUUAAUCUUCUAGAUGUUGGGGAAAUCUAUUCAAGACUACUGGAUCACAGACCAGUAAUUCAGGGAGAAAUACGUUACUUUGUUAAAGAAUUUGAAGAAAAACGUGGCCUCCGAGAACUACGAGUACUUGAAAAUCUGAAGAACACAAUCUUUGAAACCAAUGAACAUGUUCUUCCUAAGUGUGAGCAGGCAAUGCAUGACAAUUUGCAUGAAGCAUUCAAGAGAUUGCAAGCUGCCAACGAUAUGAUCCAUAGACUCCAUGAGAAGGAGCAUGAAGAGAGGAAGCUUCAGGCAGACAAGCUGAUGGUUCGUGAAGAGAAGCACACAGCCCACUGGGAGGAAUUCAUGAAAGAACAACAAAACAAACAAGCAGAGGUGGAUGAAGAGCACAGAAAAGCUAUGGAGCGCCUCAAAGAGCAGUAUUCUGAGAUGGAGAAAGAACUGGCCAAAUAUGUUUCUUUUUAA